AUGGGAGAGCCGGACAGCUCCGACCCCAAGGCUCCCGCACCAGUGCACGCAGUAGAUCUGUCGGGACAUGAAGACAAAGUUGGAAUGGUAGACUUUGAACUGCUGAAAAUUUUGGGAACUGGAGCAUAUGGUAAAGUUUUCCUUGUUCGUAAAGUGACUGGCCCAGAUGCAAAUCGCCUCUAUGCCAUGAAGGUGCUGCGCAAGGCAGCUCUGGUUCAAAAAGAGAAAACUGCAGAGCACACACGGACCGAACGCACUGUGCUCGAACAUGUGAGACAGAGUCCAUUUCUUGUGACCCUUCACUAUGCCUUCCAGACAGAUGCUAAACUCCACCUUAUACUGGACUAUGUUAGUGGAGGAGAACUUUUUACUCAUCUCUAUCAGCGGGAUAACUUCUCUGAAGAUGCUGUACGUUUUUAUUCUGGAGAGGUUAUUCUGGCUAUUGAACACCUACACAAGUUGGGUAUUGUGUACCGUGACAUUAAGCUGGAGAACAUCUUACUGGACAGUGAUGGUCAUGUGGUGCUGACAGACUUUGGCUUAAGCAAGGAAUUCAUGUCUGAAGAGUGUGAACGCACGUAUUCUUUCUGUGGCACAACUGAAUAUAUGGCACCAGAAAUAAUCAGAGGGCAGGGAGGUCAUGGAAAGUCAGUGGACUGGUGGAGUCUGGGAAUCCUUAUUUAUGAAUUGUUAACAGGGGCAUCUCCAUUCACAUUGGAGGGGGAAAAGAACUCACAGAGUGAAGUGUCCAAACGGAUCCUAAAGAUGGAGCCCUCGUAUUCCUCAUCUUUAAGUUUGGAAGCUCGAGAUCUUCUUCAAAAGUUGCUCCGUAAGGAUCCAAAAAAACGACUUGGAGCAGAGGGUGCUUUCCAAAUUAAGGGACACCCAUUCUAUAGGGGCCUGGACUGGGAAGCCCUGGCUUUGCGUAAAGUCACUCCUCCAUUCCGCCCGUCUAUACGCAGUGAAACAGAUGUCAGUAAUUUUUCAGAUGAAUUUACAAGUUUGGACCCUGUGUACUCUCCAGCAGCAACUCCACCCUCUGGGGCGCGUAUAUUCCAGGGUUAUUCCUUUGUAGCUCCGUCUGUUCUGUUUGGUGUCAAUGCAGCAAUGACAGACAUGCCUGCCCCAUCUGCUGACAAGCCUGCAAGCCCCACACUAACUCUGAGUGCUAUGAAGGAUUCUCCAUUCUUCCAGCAGUAUGAAAUGGAUCUGCAGGAGCCAGCUCUAGGGUCUGGGAGUUUCUCUGUUUGCAGGAAAUGUCGCCAUCACCAGAGCAAGAAGGAAUAUGCUGUGAAAAUCCUUAGCAAGAGGAUGGAGGCGAACACUCAGCGAGAAGUGGCAGCUCUGAAGUUGUGUCAGGGACACCCUAACAUUGUGAAUCUUCACGAUGUACUACAUGACCAGGUCUCAAGAACUUUUAUGUCUUUUUUCCAUUUGUUAUGUAACUAG